CUGAAGUCUGGGCUGGAUUUAAGUUUGAGAGCUCGAUCGUUUCCCAGGGUUUCCCUCCGCUCUGCCCCACGCCCCAGUGUCGAGUCGCCUACCGCUGGAGUGUUCGCUUAGAGCCAAGGGGUUUCCGAAACCUUGGAAAAUGUGCUGGAAAACUUUGUAGGCACUUUCGAGAGAGUAAGGGCUGGCUCCUGUUGACCCUCGAGAGUUGGGGGACAGGAGAUGGCUGUGCAGGCUGCCAUCAUGAACCCUCACUUCAUCCAUUUCUGUUUCCCCGGUUCCUCGAUGGAAUAUGAGCUGGAAAGUGCUUACAACGGGGCCCUCUUGGGAGAGGUGGAGAGCGCCGGCGAGCUCAAGGAGACCACCAGCGCCCUGCUCAACUUCAUAGACUCAGCCUCCAGCAACAUCAAGCUGGCUUUGGACAAGCCGGUCAAGUCGAAGAGGAAAGUCAACCACAGAAAGUACCUGCAGAAACAAAUCAAGCGGUGCACGGGGAUGAUCUCCGCGAGUGGCAGCGGCGCAGGACCUGGGCAAGAGGCAGGCGGCAAGAGGCAGGCAUCUUCCCCAUCCACCACCUCCUCCUCCUCCUCCACCACCACCGGCCACUUCCAGUGCAAGCCCCCGCCCAAGAAGGAUGGCUCGCAGUCCAGCCUUCAGAGCAAGUCGCUGGCGGCUCUCUUCGACUCGGUGCGGGACCUGCAGCGCUCGGCGGCCGGCGGCGGCAGCAAGAAGGUGCCGCUGAGGAACCGCAACCUGCCGCCGUCCUUCUUCACCGAGCCGGCCAACGUUAAAAUCACCUCCACCUCGGGCAUGUCCCUGAAAGACCUGGAGAGGGGCAAUCCCGAGGCGGCCGAGUUCUUCGAGCUGCUCGGGCCGGAUUACAGCAACAUGAUCUCGGGUCAGGAGCCGUUCCCGGGGCGGAUCCCGCAGCAGGGGAGCUGCGAGCUCGGAGCCCACGACUCGUACCGCGGCAGCGCCGCUCUCAGCGCCAGCUUCUCCCACUUCCCAGAGCCCUGGCUCCAGUGCAACCCCUCGAAAAAGAGCCCUCCCGGGGGCUGGAGCCUCGCUGCCCCCGAAAGCGCCCGGACAGCGGGAGGACUCACGCCGUUAUACGCCGGCAGCCAGCCGACGAACACCUCGCCCAUGGAGGAGCCGCCCGCAGGUCUAGCAGCCUUCUCGCAGUUCUUCCCCGAGUGCUCGCUGCCACCGGUCUCUUACGAGUACAGUCCGGGAUUUAAUUGCGGCAGACAAACCUUCCCCGGCCUUUAAUUCCCUUCUUGAAACACUACAUACGACUUUUGAACUUUUGUGUUCGUCCAGGUGAACUCGCAAGUUCGGCAAAGAGCCUUUUUGUACUUCUGAGCACAAGAGGCGAAUACUCCGGCUCCACAUGACAACAGAGUGAGCCACGGCGGACUGAACACACUACACAAGGGGAACGCACACACGCGCGUUACAUAGAGUGCACCAAAGAUAGGAAAUAUCUUGGUUGCUUUAAUUUCUUUAAGGUCAGACAUAAUGGUCCGUCGCUAUUCCGUGUUAGCCUAGUUCGAGAAAACAAGCAUGAUAUGUAAUAAAGUUGGCUCUGAUUGUGUAUAAACCUUGUGCUGACGUGCAAAACGGGUCAUUUCAACUGCCAAUGUUGCAUGAAACUCAGAAAGAAACACUAUAAAGAAGGGCGCUGCUCUUCAGACGCCGUGUAGAUGCAAUUGCACUUUGUGGAUUGAAGGAUUUGACCGAGUAAAUCUGUGCUGAUUGAGCAAACAGUUCUGUACGUGACAACGGACGGCAAGUCCCGCAUUACCAGGACACAAACAAAAUAAUAAUAAGCUCUAUUAUAAUCAAAAUCUGUCUGAAAUGAUAUAAAUUUGAACGCAUAUACCAAAACAUUGGGGAGCUAAAUACGAACAGCCGAAAUUGUGUAAAGGACACUAAGAUCAUACGACACGGUUAACCUUGAACCAUAAUGACAUUUAGUUUUGGAACAAAUAGACAUUUCUAGAUUGUUAUUUAUAGUCUGAAGGACAGACUGUUAAUGCUGAACAUCCGCAUUAACCGUUAAUAUUUGGCCUACUUCUUGGUUUUCAUUUUAUAAAUCGAUAGUCCUGACACCCAGCUGACAACAAUAUUAGUUUGCCGAUGUUAUCUUUGUUCAUUUCCCAAAGAGACAAACAACUCUGUCAAGAAUUGUCCUCCAGGAUGUUCAUCUUCUCCUAGUACCUGCUGUGCUUUGGGUUUUAGUGUCCUGCCUGUUUAGAAACCACUUGAUCUGUGAGUUAUUUCGAGAAAGGUACCCAUUGCAGCUACCUCUCGAGUGAAAGGUCAACAGACAAAAUAAAGCUGGUCUUUAUUUUCGGAAUGCACGACGUCUGUUUUGAAGUUUGUUUUCUUUUACCGCGGGGCGGUGGUGAUGGUGGGUGGGGAUGGAAGGCAACUCAACACUACAGGAAGCUGCAGAACUGCUGGAUGACACGGUCUUCCUAUCUUCUUCAUGGCCUGUUCUGCAUUACCGACCAACCUGAAAGGGAGGAAAUUACACUUGAUGGGAGAUUAAUACUCGCUCAUCUGAAUGCGAUAAUUGCGCCUAAAACAUGUUCU